GAUUCAUCCCAAGAAAAUCGUGAUUUAAGGCUCGACUUACUGUUUGUGUGUGUUCGUUGAAUUGAUGGGUUUUGUGGGUACUGUGUUGGGCAUUUUUGGAUUUGGAUUUGGGAUUACAGCGGGUCUUGUGAUCGGUUAUUACUUCUUCAUCUACAUCCAGCCUAGCGAUGUCGCGGAUCCAGAAAUCCGACCUCUGGUCGAGGAAGAUCAAGAGACAUUACAAAAGAUGCUUCCAGAGAUACCAUUCUGGGUAAAAAACCCAGACUAUGAUCGUCUUGACUGGCUAAACAAGUUUUUGGAGUAUAUGUGGCCUAAUCUUAACAAGGCCAUCUGCGCAACUGUCAAGGGCAUUGUCAAACCCAUAAUUGAUGAACAAAUUCCACAAUAUAAAAUUGAUGCUGUUGAAUUUGAAGCACUUACAUUAGGAUCUUUGCCGCCAACUUUCCAAGGUAUGAAGAUUUAUGUCACGGAAGAGAAGGAGCUAAUCAUGGAACCAUCAAUAAAAUGGGCAGCAAAUGCCAAUGUUACUAUUGCUGUAAAAGCAUAUGGACUGAAGGCAACUGCUCAGGUUGUUGAUUUGCAAGUGUUUGCUCUACCACGCAUUACCUUGAAGCCUUUGGUCCCAAGCUUUCCAUGUUUUGCAAACAUCUUCGUCUCUUUGAUGGAUAAGCCUUAUGUUGACUUUGGGCUGAAGGUUGUAGGGAUUGAUCUCAUGUCAGUACCUAUUCUCUACAGGUUUGUCCAGGAAAUUAUCAAAGAUCAGGUAGCAAACAUGUAUCAUUGGCCUAAAACUCUUGAAGUACAAAUUCUGGAUCCAGCAAAAGCUUUUGAUCGACCUGUAGGCCUUCUUCACGUGAAAGUUAUAAGGGCGCUGAAACUAAAAAAGAAAGAUCUUUUGGGUGCAUCAGACCCUUAUGUGAAAAUAAAGCUAACCGAGAGUAAGCUUCCAUCUAAACAAACCACAGUGAAGAUGAAGAACUUGAACCCUGAAUGGAAUGAGGAAUUCAACUUUACAGUUAAAGAUCCACUAACGCAGAUCUUAAAACUUCAUGUUAUCGACUGGGAACAGAUUGGCAAGCAUGACAAAAUGGGUAUGAAUGAGGUUCGACUGAAAGAUCUUACUCCAGAUGAGCCAAAACUUAUGACCCUUGAACUCGUUAAAAAAAAAGACACAAACGAUGCUCAAAACGACAAGUCUCGUGGGCAGCUUGUUGUGGAACUAACAUAUAAGCCCUUCAAAGAAGAAGAGCUACCGAAAACUUUCCAACAAACGAAAACAUUGGUUAGGGCUCCUGAUAAUACACCUGAUGGUGGAGGUAUGCUUGUAGUCAUAGUCCAUGAGGCAGAAGAUGUCGAAGGAAAGCAUCACAAUAAUCCGUAUGUGCGUAUUCUCUUUAGAGGCGAGAAGAGAAAGACUAAGAAAAUAAGGAAAACCAGAGAUCCAAGAUGGGAAGAAGAGUUUACGUUUAUGUUAGAUGAACCCCCUAUAAAUGAUAAAAUUCAUUUGGAAGUUUACAGCAGUUCAUCAAGGAUAGGCCUGCGGCGCCCAAAGGAAUCACUAGGUUAUAUUGAUAUCAAUCUCUCAGAUGUUGUUAACAACAAAAGAAUUAAUGAGAGAUAUCAUCUCAUUGAUUCUAAAAAUGGACGGAUUCAAAUUGAGUUGCAGUGGAGAACUAAAGAUUAACAUGUUUCUUUCUUUUACCUUGAAUAUUGUUGAAUUUUUUCUAAUGAAAUUAAACCAUCUCUUAAUUCUUUAUUUGAUUGAAUAGGUCAUCUUAUUUGUUUGCUUCUGUAUACUAUUGUGAUAAGAGCACAACUUAAAAACAAUCUAUU